AUGGUAGGUAACGCUUGCCUAACCCAAAAUUAUGUUAAAUCCCGCUCAAAUAAAUUUUGCUCCUAUCAAGAUGCUAGGGAGCUGACAAUGAUGUUGAUCGCCGUCAUCAUCAUCAUCAUGAUCAUCGUGUUUAACCUCAUUAUUAUUAUGAUUAAGGUUUGUGAUCAAAAGAUUAAUACAGGAAAUGAUGAUCCAACAACAUUCAGUAGAGUACAACAGUCGAACUCGCAACAUAUCAUCAUGUCACAGAAAAUAUCCGAACGUCUGUACAAAAUUGUACGUAUUACAAAGUUUUGUGCCAAUAUUUGUGGACUCGAUAUUUAUGAGGAUGAUUAUCGUGUGAAUGUUCGCACAAUUUUCACGAUUACCGUUAUUGGGGUAUCCUUCGUAUUUCUCACCUAUGCCAUGCUCGAUGGUUACUACCAAGAAGGAGACUGGACCAUUCUAGUCCAGGUUAUAUCAUUGGCAGGUGGUACUUUGCUGCAGGGAUUUUUUGUGGUAAUUCUCUUCCUAACGAAACAGGAAAAAUAUCGUUUUCUACUCAAAGAAUCGAUGGCUCUUUACGAGAAAUAUGAACAAAAGGACUCGGAUUAUCGCAUGUAUCUGAACAAGGGUAUACUUCUGUUGACCAACUUUAUGAAGAUUUGUGCUUUUAUUAAUUUAAUGCUGGUACUGGGUAUGAGUUCGGUGACCAUUAUUUAUAACUUCAUAUUCGGGACCUAUGAAACAUUGGUCUAUGGCUAUUGUCCAUGGGUUAGUAUCUACACAACUGGAGGUCUGUGGGCCACAAAUGCGGUACAGGCCUUGUUUAUAGCCGUGGGUGGUUUUGGUUUGUAUUCCGGUGAUAUGUCAGUGCUGACACCGAUCUCUCAAAUACCCACAUUUAAGGGUAUACUGCAGUGUAAAUUUCGUGAAAUCAAUGAUCUCUUGGAUGAUGAUUACGACACGGAGUUGGAAAAGAAGUCGAAGACUUUGGCUGCUCUCAAGGAUAUUCUGCAAUUUCAUCAGAAAUAUUUAAUAUUUCUUGAGGUUAGCCGGGAUGCUGUUUAUUGGAGUGUCUUUGUCAAAAUGGGAACUUGUUUCAUUGGUGUUGCCUUUGCCCUAUUCUGCAUCAUGUUGGGCUCUUGGCCAGCUGGUUACAUUUAUUUGCUCUACUGUUUUGUAAUGAUGCAGGUAUUUUGCGGUAUGGGCACCUUGGUGGACAUAACUAAUGAAGAAUUUAUUCAAUCAUGCUACAAUGAUGCCCGCUGGUAUGAUCUGACCAUAUCGGAAAAGAAAAUGUUGAAUAUUAUGCUAAUGAUGGCCCAGAAAACAGAGGGCCUAACAAUUGCCUCAAUAAUGCCGCUCUCCAUGAAUACGGGUCUGCAAGUUACCAAGACAAUUUAUUCGCUAACAAUGUUAUUGUUGACAUUUGUCAACUGA